UGAUUCAAAAUAAUGAUUGUAUUUUGACGCUUUCCGAUACCGAGAAAAGAAGAAGACGCUUUCCGAUUGUUGAUACCGGAAGUGAAAUACAUUCAUAUCCGGUGUUAACUAUGCGGACGUUAGGCAGCUAACUAUUGCUAGUAAGAACAGAGAAAGAAAGCUUCAUUCGCCUUUAAAGCGUAUAUCACAACUAUUUCGGUCACCACGAAUGGCGUCUCAGAUCCCCAUCACCGUCCGGGCUCCUCCGGCCGCCGCCAUCCCGGCCGCCCCGCGGGGGAAGAAGCGUCCCGCGAGCCCGGCGGCUGGUUCCUCAGCCGGUCCCGCUCAGCCGGUCCCCGGGAGCAGCAAGAAGAAGAAAGGGCAGCUGACAGCCACACCAGCGGCGACACAGACACAGAUAACAGCAGCAGAGUCGGUGGCGGAGGUGAAGGCAGUGGGAACAGUUGAAAUCGCUCCAAAUGUUCUCUCAGAGUCAACAGCGAAGCCUCCACCGUUCAAAGACCCCGCCUUCGUGCAUUCUGGGAUUGGUGGAGCAGCAGCGGGUAAAAAGAACCGGACCUGGAAAAAUCUCAAACAGAUUCUGGCUUUGGAGCGGACUUUACCCUGGAAGCUUGAUGAUCCCAACUACUACAGCAUUGAGGCCCCUCCCUCCUUGAAGCCAACCAAGAAAUACUCUGACAUCUCUGGACUCCCUGCAAACUACACAGACCCUCAGACAAAGCUCCGCUUCACGUCCUCUGAGGAGUUCUCCUACAUCCGCCUCCUCCCCACUGAUGUAGUGACCGGAUACCUGGCCCUUCGAAAGGCAACAUGCAUCGUCCCCUGACAGCCGAGCAAGACUUGAAGAGUGAAAUACAUUUAAACCCGAGCUGAACUCAUGUUUGUGUUUGAGCUGUCGGGCCUGCAAGGAACCAAUGAGAGCGCUGUCUCCACAGAGAGGACACGGAGAAGUGCACUUCUUAAAUGAACAGCUGGUGCCACCAAACAUUUGCACAGCUGUUUUAGGAAAGGCUUUAACUUAUUAUUCAGAGUUACUGUGUGACAAAUAAAUGCAACAAAUAGUAUACUUUAUUUGAAUGCUUAUUCUCUUUACGAGACAUGUUUGUUGUCUGUAGCUGGAUAUCAUAAUUUCACUGUGAGAGAAUGUAUGACAAGUGUUAUCUUUAAUGAUAUUUGUUCCCGAUACAUUUGAAAGCUUGAUGUGGAUUUGCUCCUGCUAAAUCACAUGGAAUUACAGGAUGCUGUGCGCCCCCUUGUGGUAGAACAUUCAGGGGGGUAACAAUAAAAAAAGCUGUUGGAAGAAGUUUGCCCAUUUUAGAAUGAUUGUUACUUUUUACAAGUAGCUCAUUGAACUUUACUUGAAUACGUUUGAUUUCAGUUUAUCUCUUAUUCAUCUGUGUUUUCUAAUAUGUUUUGUAUGAAUAAAUAUUUCUAAGUGAUACAUUUAGAAAAAUCGAUGUCUGU